GGCAGGGAGUCGAAAAUCUCCACAACACUGGACGACAGAAACAGGACCGCAAUCUGCAUGUCCGCUUUAAACUCGCUUGCCUCAAUGAGUGCAUAAUGUGCAUUGUGAGUGUAUAAACCAGCGAACGAAUGGCUGGCAUCGAUGUACACUAUAUAGGGCGUGGAGAGCGAUUUGAACACUCCGCCGGCUGCUAUGGCAGCGACAGGAAGUACAACGUAGAAAUCAGGAAGCAGUCAAUCAGGGAGACAUUUUUAAAAGACCACCAUGAAGAGCAAUCAGACAGACACCUAAACAGGAACACAUGGCUCUAAUGCAGUGAAUAUGGAGGUUCCUUCCUACCUGUCCCGGCUCUUGUCUGAGCUGAACGAACAGCGUAAGAGGGACUUCUUCUGUGACUGCAGCAUCAUAGUAGAGGGACGCGUUUUUAAAGCCCAUCGUAAUAUUCUCUUCGCCAGCAGUGGCUAUUUUCGGGCGCUGCUGGUGCAUUACCUGCAGGACAAUGGUCAGAGACACAGCACGGCCUCCCUGGACAUCGUCACAGCCGAGGCCUUCUCCUUCAUCCUAGACUUUCUGUAUUCGGGUCGCCUGAGCCUGCGCAGCGACAACGUCAUCGAAAUAAUGUCAGCUGCGAGCUACUUACAGAUGACCGACGUGGUGAACUUUUGCAAGGGUUACAUCAAGUCAUCCCUGGAGAUCUGUAACAGGGAGAGGGAGAGACACAAGGACUUCAGUGGUAGGGAAAAUCCAGUUUCAGCCGCUAGUGUUCCUGUGGCGUCCACUUCAGAUGUCGACCAAAGGACCUGUCAGGUCACCGAGGCCCUCAGUCCUGACGAUGCCCCAACAGCUGCUGUCUGCAUGCCAGCAGCCACCAGUAGUAAAGACUCGGAAGGGGAGAACUCCCAAGGAGCUUUCCCCAACCAUCCUCCCAUGAAUGCUCCACUGAAGAUUAGUCCAGGCCCAGAUUUAGUCAACUCAUCCACCCCAGGAUUGCUUCUAGGUUUGGUGCAUCCCAAAAUAGAGUAUGACCCCGAUGAGGAGGGGGAAUCUUCACGGGAAUCCAAAGACACAACUCUUUACCAAGGCCCAAAUCAGGAUGGGGAGAGAACUGUUAACGCUAGCCCGGCUCCAAGCACUGAGCAUUCGUCCGUGUCGUUUGCUAACUGCCCGAUGAAGCAGUUUCCAGAUGUGCUGUUCAGAGCAGGGAUGAACCCUAAUCGUGAUGAACACUAUUCGCAGAGUUUGGGGUACGUCGGUGGGUUCGGCCGUGGGGAUGAUGUGCUCGGUCCUGCGGGGCCCUGUGGGAUGGAGAUUCAGAAUGACUGGUAUGGGGAUGAUCCAGGGAGGCUGCACAAAUGUCCAUUCUGCCCAUACACGGCCAAACAGAAGGGUAUUUUAAAGAGGCACAUCCGCUGCCACACAGGAGAAAGGCCUUAUCCUUGUGAGGUCUGCGGCAAACGUUUCACAAGACAAGAACAUCUUCGCACUCACGCAAUAUCUGUCCAUCGCUCUACCUGGCCCAUUGUGUGCAAAGGCUGUCGUCGAGUUUUUUCAGGCAUUGUGUCCCAGGGCAUGAAGCGAUUUGGACUUUGUGAUGGCUGCACAUUUGUCACUACAACCAAUGAAGAUCCCUCCUCCAUGAGCCUCAGCAUCCAGUCUGAAUCUAUGGAGAGGGGCACUAGAGACUCUGACUGGCCUGUGUUUAUGGUGGAAGGGGAUGAAGCGGAGGCAAAUGCUAGCACUGCUGAACAGGAUGAUAAACAGAAUGUAGCAAAGCAGCUUUCAGAAAAUGGCACUCUAUUGUAGAUUAAUUUCCACAGGUGCUCUUGGAUCCUGACCAAACGAGUGACAAUAAUGGGAGUACGUAAGAGACUAAAAGAGGGAGUGUCCAACAUUCUACCGGUAACAAACUACCAGUUUAGUCACUUUUCCUACAUAUUAUUUGUGGCUUAGAAAAGAUGGUUAAUCAUCUUGUGCCAUUAAAAGAUUAAUGGGGAACACUACACAGCUGGGAAAGCUGUCAAACAUUGUUUGUAAAAAUCUGCACUGGCUAAUGAUGGUUUAUGAUCCUAUUUUGCUGUAUGACAAUGAGGCCACAACAGAUUUUAAUGUGAUGUGGAAAUUGUGUGAAUAAAUAUUUUUAUGCUUUAAAGUGAA